AUGAGUGAAGAUAAUGAAAGGAAGAGACAGCUUGAGCAUUUACGCGAUGAAACUCCUACCAAAAAGCCCAAAGUACCUGUAGAGCUUAGUGAAGAUGGACCACUUACACAAAGAGAUGUUGCGUACUUUAAGAAGGAGGCGAUAUGGCGUCAAAUGAAUCUCUACAAGCAGAAAUAUAACAUGCUCAUAAAAGAUUUCAAAGAACUAGAGGGGCGUUAUAAUGCCAAUGAAGAGAAAUUAAAUGCUCUCGAUUUAUGGUAUGAGCAAAUAGUAGUUUCAUUUUCUGACGAUAUCGCCAGUGAACUGCUAAAUGACCUUCUCUUAACAAAGUUGACUAGCGAAUCAUCUGUUGAUUCAAUAUUGAAUAAGAGAAGAGAGAAUCUUCUCAAGAUAUUGACCCCAUUGAAAAAGAAACUUGAUUCUGGUUCUGAUGUUGAUCAGAAUGAACUAGUUAAAAAAGUGGAGAACUUAAACUCAGAUCUCUUUACUCUUAAAGUUGAAAACGAAACGCUAAACAAGUUGAAAACAGAUUUAUCUAAUAAAGUCGUACAGUUACAACAGGAGUUUGUUCAUUUUACAAAAGAAAAGAAUAGAAGCGAAUCAAAGAGCUUACGAAGAGUUGACGAGAGUCGCAAUCAUAAAGAAGAGGAACCUGAGGUCAAAGAAGAAGUAGAAGCGGAUCCUUCCGAAACAAACAUCAAUAAUGAAGAUUUCGAGACUUUAGAAGUGGAACUCAAUGAGGUUAGAACUGAGAAUCAACUAAUAAAAGAAAAACUUGAGACAUUUUCUCAAAAUGCUACUGUCGUGAAACAAGAAAAUGCUUCAUUGCUCGAGAAAUUGAAUAAUUUGGGAGAAAGUGAAGUUGAAAGCAGCGAAGCUUAUCUAGAAUUGAAAAAUUCAAAUUCUUAUUUGAAGGAAAGCUUAUCCGAACUACAAAAAAUCAAUAACUCUUGCUUGAAGAAGUUAGAUAGCUUGGAAAAUAAUCAAAAUGAUAUAAAAAAGUUAAUUAAUAAGGAUCUUAGUGACGAAAAUGCGUCUUUGAAAAGUCAGUUACAUAAAAGUGAGGAAGACUUGAUAAGAAUCAGAGCUAUUAGGGAUGAGCUAUUGGCUAAACAGACAAUUGCAACAGCAAAUGUCGAUAAUAAGCAGACAAUUGAAGAAUUGAAUAAACUAAACCAAGUUUUAAGUAAGCGAAUUGAUUUUUUGGAAAGCCCCGAAAGUAGAACAUUUGACGAAACAAAAUUUACGGAUAUGCUGAAAGAAGAAUUGAUCAAAAGAAUGUGCAUGUUACAAGUUGAAAUAAAGGAAAUCGAAGCUGCAUUUCAAGAGACAAGAGAGCUGGCCAUAAAGAAACUUACAAGCGUAGUAGACCAAGAGAGCUUAAUUAAGAAGUUGACAAUAGAAAAGAGUAAAGCUGACCAAAAAUACUUUGCAUCGAUGCGAUCAAGAGACGCAAUCACUGCUGAAAACAAGGUUUUAAAGGCGCAGGUCAGUAAGUCCCAGGACUUAAUCAACAAAUUUAAUGAAUUGGAGGCCAGCUAUAUCAAUAAAAUUGAUGUUCUUACUAAGAGCAUUAAUGAUUACAAGUCAAUCAAGCAAACUUCGAUAGAAGAAAGUACCAGUCUCCAAGAAAUACUUCUGUCUUUAAAACAAAAGAAUAGUGUUUUGGAAGAGCAACUCAGUUCCUCUAGAAAGAAGUUCGUGGAAGCUUCUAAUAACUUAGCGGAAGCAACUACUAGCCUCGACAAUAAAGAUUUAACUAUCGGGCGGCUUGAAAACAGACUUAAAUCUACUGAAAGUCUACUUAAGAAAUACAGAGCAAAUAAUACAUCUUCUAUCUUACAAGAAGAUGAGAAGCAAUUAGAAGCUUUGAGAUCCAUUGCAAAAUGUUCUGUAUGCUCUAAGAAUUGGAAAGACACCGCCAUUACAGUAUGUGGACAUGUUUUCUGUAAUAGUUGCACUCAAGAACGGUUAGCAGCUAGACUCCGAAGAUGUCCGACUUGUAAUAAGGGAUUCUCUGCAAAUGACUUAUUGUCUAUUCACUUAUGA